AUGGAGUUCUGGGGUGCUGAGGUCAAGGUUGGUGAAUCUGUCAAGGUUGAUCCACAUCAAUUUGAAGCUCGCAUUCAUCUUUCUCAGGCUGCACUUGGUGAAUCUAAGAAAGACAAAGCUAAUGAGCAUGUUGUUCUUUACUUGAAAGUUGGUGACCAGAAGCUUGUUUUGGGAACCCUUAACAGAGAGAAAAUUCCUCAGACUACUCUUGAGUUGGUUCUGGACAAGGAGUUUGAGCUUUCUCACAGUUCCAAAACUUCUAGUGUCCAUUUCUGUGGAUAUAACGCUUACUACCCUAACAAUGAAUAUAGUGAUGAAGAUGAAUUUUCUGAAAGUUAUGAGGAGGAAAUUCCUUUGGCUCAACCCAUAGAAAACAGGAAACCAGAAACAAAGGCUGAUGACCUGAAAGUUUCUGAAGCUAAGAAAGCUACUGCCUGGUGCACCUGUCAAGGUUGA